AUGGAUGUACUUGAAUUACCUCGUCCUGUUAUUAAUUUUCUUCGAACAAUGGCUAAAGAAAGUUGUCGUUAUGUUUUAUCAUGGGAUAUAUUCGGUGGAACUGAUACAGUAACAUUAACACUUACAUGGAAAUUAAACGAUAAUGAAUCUCAAUUAUCAACAUUAAAAGUUCCACAACAACAAAUGUGUGAAGAUCUAUAUAUUCAUCAUAAUGAUUCAAUAUCAUCAUCACAUUGUUCACGUCGAGAGAAUAAUACUUCAACAUCAACUAGAAUAAUUCGUUCAUCUAGAGGCAAAAGUCUUGAAGGAAAUAAUUUAACAUCAACUAACCUAACACCUUCUCAUCAAAAACAUGUAUCAAGUUUAGAACGAAAAUCCAGUAUUAGUCGACAAAAAAUAGAAUUAGAACCAAUCUAUACUAAUCUAAAUAAUGUAAAAUAUUCUACAAGUCCUUCACCAUAUUUUCGAUCUAAUAAAAAUCAACCGUCAUCUUUUACUCAUACAUAUCAUCAUCGAACUAAAAAACAAUAUGAAAGUCCAAUACGUCGAAAAUUUAUACCAUCGACAUCAACUAUGAGUAAUACAUCUCCAGAAUCGAGACGAACAAAUCAUAUUACUAUUCAAACUAAUGAUUAUGAUGACGAUGAUAAUGAUGUAUUUGAUCCAUGGAUAAAAAAUUUUGAAUGUUCACUUGAAGAUAAUACUAAUAAUAUUAUUGAAAAAUCUGAAAACGACAUCAAUAAAAUAGGAAGUACUUCUGGAAAAGUUAAAUUCAAAAGAAAACCUGAUUAUUUUUAA